AUUUUGAAGGUUUCCCAACAGACAAACACAAAAGGGUCUAAUGCCAUUUCAUGUAAUACUCAGAAGGCCACCAAUGCAAAACAAGGUAAGAUACAGCUCUUUAUCCAUCCACAGGGAGAGAUAGGAAAAGAACAUUAUAUUAUUCUUUUUCUUUGUUUACGUAUAAAAUAGGAUAAUAAUAUUAUUCAAUGCUAGUAAAAAAUUACAUAUAUAUAAACACAAAAAGGGACAAACUAGAAAGAGGCUUUUUUAUUCGGAGACAAAUGAACAUCAUUGGAUUAUGUCGCACAUAGAAAUUUACAAAAUGACAGAGGAGAAGAAGCAUAGAAGAGGCAGAGUUGAAAGUGACAGACAAGAGUGGGUAUCGUUAAUGUUACCACUGGGUGAAGCAGCGGAGCGUUUUGAGCUGGCGAGUGUCGUUUGCAGCCAUGGCCUGUUCAUGAUGGCCCCCAACCGAUGGGACCCAAUUUCCAAGACCCUCCUCCGCCCUCUGCGGCUGAACCCCAACUCCCUCCACCGCCAUGAAUGCGAAUGGGACCCAUCUGAGGAGGCGGAUUGUUCGGCCUCCGAUUCAGUCAUGGUCCACGUCUCCCAACCCCAAGAUUGUCCGCAGUGUCUCCACGUUCGUGUCUACGCUGGGACUCGCUCUCUGACUCCUGAGAACGAAGAAGCUAUACUCACGCAAGUGUCGAGAAUGCUGCGGCUGUCGGAAAACGACGAGAGAAUCUCCAGAGGGUUCCACGAGUUAUACUUCUCCAGCGACGAAGAAGAAGGCUCGGUCAUUGGAAGAGUUUUUAGGUCACCUACUUUGUUUGAGGAUAUGGUGAAGUGUAUUCUUCUGUGUAAUUGCCAGUGGCCGAGGACUCUGUCAAUGGCUGAGGCGCUUUGUGAUCUUCAGCUAGAACUCCAGCUAAAGUCUCUAGUACCCGAUAAGACUGAGCAUUUCAUCCCUGAAACACCUGCAUUGAAAGAAGUAGAACCCAAGAAGAAGCUUCAAAACUCCAAAGCUUCUAAAUGCUUGGCUUCCCAGUUUUCUGGAGAGAUCAAACAAGGGUUUGAAAAUCUUUCCAAUGACAUUGUUCUGGACAAAGUCCAACCCACAUCUCGAAAUUUGAGGGUAGAACAUUGUAUUGCUGAUUCUGGUUUGCUCUGUGAUCCUCACUUAGUCACGGACACUGGUUUUGAUAAGGUUGGGAAUUUCCCUACUCCAACAGAACUUGCAAAACUUGACAAGAAUUUCCUGGCAAAGCGCUGCAAGCUCGGGUACAGAGCAGGCCGGAUAGUGAACUUGGCUCAGAGUAUUGUUGAGGGUAGGAUUCAACUAAGACAAUUGGAAGAAAAUUGCAUGGAAAGGAGCUUGAACAGCUACGAUAAGUUGGCUGAGCAGCUGAGACAAAUUGAUGGGUUUGGUCCUUUUACAUGUGCCAAUGUGCUUAUGUGUAUGGGGUUUUAUCAUGUCAUUCCAACUGACUCUGAAACUAUCAGACAUUUAGCACAGCCAAUCAAAGUACUGCAGGUUCAUGCCAUACAAUCUAGCAUUAGGACAAUGGUGACAGAUGUUGAAAGAAUUUAUGCUAAGUAUGCUCCAUUUCAGUUCUUGGCGUAUUGGUCAGAACUGUGGAACUUCUACGAGAAAAGGUUUGGCAAGCUUAGUGAAAUGCCUUGUUCUGAUUAUAAACUUAUAACUGCUUCUAAAAUGAGGACUAAACCAAGGCAGCAGAACAAAAGGAAGAAGACAGCCUGACCGUUAAGGUGCCUUGAACCUGUAAGUUGUAGGGUCUGUUUAUAUAAUUUUAGAACUUGGUUUAGUUUACUCUUUUGAGAAGAAGUAAGAUCAAUGUCUUACUAACUGUGUAACUUAACAUGUUAAAAUAUACCACACAUUUUGUUGGCCUAUGAUUAUAGCCAUUCAGUUGGAGUGAAAUUGGUUGGGAGUUUCAGAAUGGUUUAGCAUGAGAGAGUGAGCCAACUUGUAUAAAGUUGAACAAUGUUUAGUUCUUGUAAAGUUGUAAGCUAUUUUAAUUAUGCUCUGAACUUUAUUUAAUACGCA